AGAAGAUUUAUCAUACCUACAUGUAGAUGACCAAUAUCUUGGCUUUGAAUUAAAUCGAAUCAUCUUCCAUGCUCUUCUCCUUCUUCAUUCAAUUCUCUCCGCGCGGGAGCAUAUUGAAAGAUGUAUGAAAAAGGGCAACUUCUGCCUCAUCCGCAGGCUACCGUCUCCAGUUCUCGGCAGAGGUCGCUAUGGACUUCGCUAGUUCAAGUUGCCGCUGUCUGUGUACUUCUCAAGAUAUCAGUAUUUGACGCCUUCAUUGUUCCCCGCUUACGGAAUGACGAUUCGGAGAUCUUGGCAAAAUGCGAACAGGUUGAGCCUCUCUUCCCUAAGGGGAAUCCUGCACUCUCUAAGAUGGAUGACUAUAUCGCUUCACCUAAAUUUCUGAACGAAACCGUAUCUCGCAUGGCCGCCGCAAUUCAGAUUCCCUCUGAGUCCUACGACGAUUUGGGCCCUGUAGGAGAAGAUAAACGAUGGGAUAUCAUGUUUGAUUUUGCCGCCUACCUAGAGAAGACAUUUCCGCUUAUUCAUGGCACAUUGAGCCUUGAAAAAGUCAACACUCAUGGUCUCCUUUAUACCUGGCAAGGAUCCGACGAGAAGCUAAAACCUACCGUCUUGAUGGCUCAUCAAGACGUGGUGCCCGUCGCGGAAUCGACCGUUGGGCAAUGGACGCAUCCUCCAUACAGCGGCUUUUUCGACGGUCGCUACAUCUGGGGCCGAGGGUCUUCCGACUGCAAGAACAACCUCGUCGGAAUCAUGGAAGCUGUUGAGCUGCUUAUAGAUGCCGGUUUCCAGCCAGCAAGGACUUUGAUUUUAUCUUUCGGAUUUGACGAAGAAAUAUCAGGCGCUCAAGGCGCCGGAAAUCUUUCCAAAGCAUUAACUAGCCGCUACGGAAAAGAUGGCGCGGCACUCAUCGUCGACGAGGGGGCUGGUAUGUCAACCGUCUGGGGUUCUACGUUUGCCCUCCCCGGAGUUGGCGAAAAGGGUUACAUAGACGCCGAAAUUAUCGUCCGCAUGCCAGGUGGUCAUUCCUCGGUCCCUCCCGCUCACAAUGGGAUAGGAGUUAUGUCGGAAUUGGUUUCACUGAUUGAGGCGAAUCCUUAUGAGCCAAGAUUAUACUCUGAUAAUCCGUUUCUAAGUCUUCUCCAAUGCGGUGCUGCUCACAGCCCGGAGUUCCCAAGUAAGCUCAGAAAGCUUCUUCCUUCGCAUGGCAGCCAAACUUGUUCCAAGAAGGAUAAACUCGCUCUGGAGGCGGCAAAGUCCGGUGACAUUGUCAAGUAUCUCUUCACAACAUCAGUGGCACCUGAUGUUAUCAGUGGGGGUGUUAAGGUCAACGCACUCCCCGAACGUGUCAGAGUCCUUGUCAACCACAGGGUCAACGUUGGCGAACGUCCAGCUGAUGUUCAGGUGAAAUUGACAAAAUUGGCGCAACAAGUUGCUCGCAAGUAUAAUCUUACUGUACACGCUUUCAAUGAUGAAUCAGAGUCUCCAUUAUCCAUUACUCUCAACACGCAUCAGAUAUUAGAGCCUGCGCCAGUCACGCCAACAUCUGUUGAUGCUGUGACUCCAUAUGCAAUACUCUCAGGAACUACACGAGCUAUAUACGGCGAAAAGCUUCUAAUGGCACCGGGUAUCACGACCGGAAAUACUGACACGAGGUAUUAUUGGGAUUUAACUAAGCAUAUUUUCCGCUAUGGUCCUAGUUGGGAUGGUGAAUCUGAAGGUCUAGGGGGAAUUCACACCGUGGACGAGAAACUCAGCAUCCCUGCCCAUAUCAAGGGGGUUCAAUGGUACAGUCUAUUCAUUCGUAACAUAGAUCAAGCAGAUUUGGAAUAAGCAGGUAAUCCUGAAUUUUAUUCGAGCUAGUUGGAAAUAC